UUGAGUUUGACAGUUCAAUUUAUAUUUUUUUGUUAGCAUAAACUAGAAACGUGUUGAAUUUUCGGGAUUUUCUUUAAAUUUAUCAAUAAAAUUAUUAAACUUUAAGUAAAUUAAUAAACAAAAAUAAAUUAUGAAACGUUUAAGUGAGGAAAGAGCUAAAAUUUUAUUUGAAAAGUUAUCCAAAUACAUUGGUACUAAUGUCAAACAAUUGAUAGAUCGUCCCGAUGGCACCUAUUGUUUCCGUGAACAUUUGGAUCGUGUUUAUUAUGUUUCCGAACGUAUACUCAAGUUAUCCGAGUGUUUUGGUCACAAAAAACUUGUCUGUGUUGGCACAUGUUUUGGUAAAUUUUCCAAAACGAACAAAUUGAAAUUCCACAUUACCGCUUUAUACUAUUUGGCUCCCUAUGCCCAAUACAAAGUGUGGGUAAAACAAUCUUUCGAACAACAGUAUCUAUAUGGCAAUCAUAUACCUAAAUCGGGUUUGGGACGUAUUACCGAAAAUGCUGGCCAAUAUCAAGGAGUUAUUGUUUACAACAUGAACGAUUUGCCUUUGGGUUUUGGUGUUUUGGCUAGAUCUACCACGGAAUGUAAAGCGGCUGAUCCUUUGACUACAGUGUGUUUCCAUCAAUCGGAUAUUGGUGAAUAUAUCAGAUCGGAAGAUACAUUGUUUUAGAGUGGAUUUUUUUCUUAAUUGCUAGUUUUAUAGUUUUUUUAAAGUAAACAACAACAAAUACUAAAGUAAGUUUAGAUGUUUUUUAAAUACAAAUUAUAAUGAAAAUAUAA